GAUAUCCAAUUAUUCUAAUUUUUACUAUAAAAUAUUAAAAUCAUGGCUAAAAAUAAGAAGAAAAGAUCUGGAAAACAACAUUUUGACAACAGAGAUAAAGUCAUUGCAAAAAUAAGAGAACAAGCAAACCCUUUUGAUUUGAAAUUUAAUCGUCAAAAAGUUGACAUUGUUAAUACGAAAAAUCUUAAAGGAAACCCAGGUAUCUCAAAACAAAAAGCCGAAAAUGAGAGAAAACUUGCUUAUCAAUUGAAGAAAUCAAGAAAAAAUAAAAUUGGCGGAUUAGUCGAUCGUCGUUUUGGUGAAAAUGAUUCUAAUCUUUCAUCAGAAGAAAAAAUGUUAGAACGUUUCACAAGAGAAAAACAAUCUUCUUCAAAAAAAUCUUUAUAUGAUAUUGACAAUGAUGACAAUGAUGGCACUUUUGAUUUUGAUAAUGAUUCUUUGACCCAUUAUGGUCAAACUUUAUCUUUAAAAGAUGACUUUGAUGAAGGUGAUUUAGGUAUACCAAAAUCCAAUGAUUCGGAUUUAAAUAAUGAAAAUGAAAGUUUUGGAAUAAAAAAACAUCAGUUGGACGAAAAUCUUGAACAACCUGUCAGAAAAAAAACCAAAGCUGAAGUAAUGAAAGAAAUUGUUGCUAAAUCAAAAUUUUAUAAACAUGAACGUCAAAAAUUGCAAGAGAAAAGAUUAGAAACUGUAGAAGAUUUAGAUGAUCAAUUUGAUGAAAUUAUGAAUGCUCUUGGUACUGUUGAAAUGAAAAAAAAUAUAAAUAAUAAUAGCAAUAAAAAUAAUAAAACUGAAAAAGAUGUUGAAUAUGAUCAAGUUUAUAAAAACUUAUUAUUUGACAGACGUUCUGUUCCUGCUGAUAGAACAAAAACUGAAGAAGAAAUAAAUAAAGAAACACAAGCAAAAAAGAAAAAACUAGAAGAUGAUAGAUUGCGUCGUAUGGAGGCCAUGAAUGCACAAGGAGUUGAAGAUUUAGAUGAUUUCUGGGCAGGGAGUGAUAUCGAAGAACAAAAUGAAAUAAAUGGAUUUGUAGUAAAAAAUUCUUCAGAUGCAGAGGAAAAUAAUGAUCUGGAUAUCUUUGAAUCAGAACUGGAUCUCAAUUCGAAUUUGAUUUUAAAACCUAAAAAAAAAUCAGCUGCACUCACUUUUUCAUGCCCAGAAGACCAUGAACAACUUUUGUUAACAUUAUCAUCAAAAUCUCUUAGAGAACAUCCUGAUAUAAUAAAAAAGAUAAUAAAAAAUACGGAUGCUAAGUUUGCAGCUGAAAAUAAAGAAAAGCUAUCAAAUUUUGCGGUUAUAUUGUUGGAUCACAUACUAUACUUAGCAAAUUCAAAUUACUCUACUGAUGAAUAUGAAACAUAUUGCAAAGUUCAAGAAAAUUUAAUAAAUUCUUUGAGACUAUUAGCAAAUAAAUUUCAAGAGGCGGUCUGUGAAAAGUUUAGAAGCAUAAUAGAUGAAGUUCAAGAAAGAAUAGUAAAUACAAUCACAAAAGAAGCUAAUGAAUAUCCUAAAGUGUCAGACUUAGUAUUUUUUACCAUAAUAGGUGUCGUAUAUUCAACAUCAGAUCAUUAUCAUCUUGUGGUAACGCCGGCUUUGAUAAUUAUUGCAGAAGCAUUAGAACAAUUUAAAAUCAAAUCUUUAAACGACAUAUUUUCAGGCUUAUUUAUGGUUGACUUAAACAUUAAAUAUCAAAGAAUGUCAAAAAGAUACAUGCCAGAAGCAACUUUGUUUUUGCAAAAAUCUUUAUUAUCAUUAACCCCUUCCAUGAAGGGUAUCGACCCCAAAAGUAUAUCGGCUUCAAUUCCUGUAAAUUUUCUAGUAACUACUGAGUUUGGGAGUUGCAAAAAAAAAUUGAAAAUAUCAGAUUUGAAAAACAAACUUGAUCCUUCAUAUGGUCCUGCAUUAUUACUUAAAACCAUUAAAUUAAUUGACAAAUCUUGUGAUAUAUGGAGAGAAAAAUCUGCAUUUAUUGAAAUCGUUGAACCGUUUUUACCGAUACUUAAACAUCUUUUAAAAAAUUAUCCAAGCGUUUGCGAUAUUUCAAAAUUAAUAGAAAAAAUAAACAACCUAAAAAAAUUUGCAUUGGUAGACCAUAAACCAUUAGUAUUACAAAGUCAUCGUCCAAUUGGUGUUGCGACAUAUGCUCCCAAAUUUGAAGAGAAUUAUAAUCCAGAUAAAAAAUCUUAUGAUCCAAAUAGAGAUAGACAAGAAAUUAAAAAACUUAAUGCUCAAAUCAAAAAAGAGAAAAAACUUGCCCUACGUGAAAUUCGUAGAGAUACUAAAACCAUUUCUAGAGAACAAAUCAAAGAAAAGAAAGAUAAAUAUUCGGAAUAUCACUCGAAAAUGGCUAGGUUGGUUAAUGAAAUUAAUACUGUUGAGGGAAGCGAGAGAAAUAAGUACAAUAAAGAGAGAAAGAGCCGUAAAGGUCAUUGAUUUUCUCAAAAACAUUUGUAUGGUGAUGAUAUAAUAUAAACAAUCUGUUAUAGAGUUAAGUAUUAAGAUGUAAUAAACCGGAUUUCCAAUUGUUGAAAACGAAUUUAAAAUUAAUUAAAAGAAAAAAGACAUGUGUUGAGUA